UACAAGUGCCGAAAUAAAAAAAAAGCCGCUUCUCUGCAAUUUGUUAAUAAACUUUUAAUAAAGACAUAAAACCGUUUCAUAACUUCCAAUCAAAUUACAUAUCAUUUCAUAACUAGAGUUCUUGUGCCAGAUAAUUAGUUUUGUAUUGAACUUUAUCGUUCUAACCGAUUGUAGAUUGUAUGCGCACGUUUUUUGGUUAUAACUUUAAAAAGCUGUUGAUAUUUGCUGUUGAUAUUUAAAUAUAAUAUAUAUUUAGUAAAAUGUUCAAUCAACUCGGAGGCGGUAGCAGCAAUCCCAAUAAGGAUGUAGAAGUAGCGUCACCACCUGAAGAUACCGUCUCAGCGAUGGAAUUUUCACCACCCUCGGUACCGCAGACAUUCCUCGUAGCUGGUAGCUGGGACUGCAGAGUAAGAUGCUGGGAGGUCGAAGCUUCCGGGAAAACAGUACCCAAAGCAGCUCAGGGCAUGGACGGGCCCAUACUGGAUGUAGCUUGGCAUGAUGAUGGUUCCAAAGUAUUCAUGGCCUCUACAGAUAAGAGCGUUAAAUGUUGGGACCUUGCAGCUAAUCAAACUAUACAGGUGGCAGCUCAUGAUGCCCCCAUCAAUACCUGCCACUGGAUCAAAGCCCCAAACUACACUUGCCUCAUGACCGCCUCCUGGGACAAAACUCUUAAGUUCUGGGACACACGGAGCUCGGUGCCGAUAAUGACAAUGAACUUGAAUGAAAGGUGCUACUGCGCCGAUGUCGACUACCCGAUGGCGGUGGUGGGCACGGCGGACCGCGGCAUCUGCCUGUACACGCUCGAGGGCAAACCCGCCGAGUUCAAGCGAGUGGAGUCUCCGCUAAAGUACCAGCACCGCUGCAUCGCAAUCUUCCGCGACAAAAAGACCAAACAGCCCACCGGCUUCGCGCUCGGCAGCGUCGAGGGCCGAGUGGCUAUCCAGUACGUCAACCCUACUAACCCAAAGGACAACUUCACCUUCAAGUGCCACCGCUCCGCCGGAACCACCGGGGGCUACCAGGACAUCUACGCCGUGAACGACAUCGCCUUCCACCCGACGCACGGCACGCUGGCCACGGUGGGCUCGGACGGCUCGUUCUCGUUCUGGGACAAGGACGCGCGCACCAAGCUCAAGUCCUCCGAGCUGCUCGACCAGCCGCUCACCAAGUGCGCCUUCAACCACAACGGGCAGAUCUUCGCCUACGCCGUGGGCUACGACUGGUCUAAGGGUCACGAGCAUUACAAUCCAAACAAGAAGAACUUCAUUUUCUUACGGCCUUGUUACGAUGAUUUGAAGCCGAGAUCCACUUAAAGGUUUAAGUCAUUUUUUAUAAAUAAAAUUAUAUUUUGAAAAUAA